CCGUGGCUGCACCGGGUCGCUGGCCGCUUUCGUCCACAGGCUCUCGUCGCCAUCGCCCAGCAUGUCUUCCUUCCUGACCCUCCGCAAGGCCGUCCAGCACGUCUCCUUCCGAUCCCUGGCCAUUCGAUCGUACUCCUCGGCCUCGACCGAGUACGAUGUCGUCGUCAUUGGCGGUGGUCCCGGCGGCUACGUUGCUGCCAUCAAGGCUGCCCAGCUCGGUCUCAAGACUGCCUGUGUUGAGAAGCGCGGUGCCCUUGGCGGAACCUGCCUGAACGUCGGCUGCAUUCCCUCCAAGUCCCUCCUCCACAACUCGCACCUCUUCCACCAGGCCCAGCACGACUUCAAGAAGCGCGGUAUUGAUGUCGCCGGCGUUUCGCUCAACCUCGACCAGAUGAUCAAGUCAAAGGAUAAGUCCGUCACCACUCUCACCCGCGGUGUCGAGGGCCUCCUGAAGAAGAACAAGGCCGACUACGUCAAGGGCUGGGGCAAGCUCGUCAGCCCCAACGAAAUCGAGGUGGACCUCAACGACGGUGGCAAGUCUGUUCUCAAGACCAAAAACGUCAUCAUCGCCACCGGUUCCGAUGUCGCUGGCUUCCCCGGCAUUACCAUCGACGAGGAGGUCAUUGUCAGCUCCACCGGCGCCCUCUCGCUCAAGAAGGUCCCCGAGAAGCUGAUGGUCAUUGGCGGCGGUGUCAUCGGUCUCGAGCUUGGUUCGGUCUGGAACCGCCUCGGUGCCAAAGUUAGCGUCGUCGAGUACAACAAGGAGAUCGGCGCUGGCAUGGACUCUGACAUUGCUAAGAGCUUCCAGAAGAUCCUGACCAAGCAGGGCAUGGACUUCAAGUGCUCCACCAAGGUCAUCUCGGCCAAGAAGAACGCUGACGGCAAGGUCGAUGUUGUCGUCGAGCCCGCUACCGGCGGUGCUCAGGAGACCAUCACCGUCGAUGUCGUUCUUCUGUCCAUCGGCCGCAAGCCCUUCACCGAGGGCCUCGGUCUUGAGAGCGUUGGUGUCGAGGUCGACAACCGUGGCCGCAUCGUCGCCGACUCGGAAUUCAAGACCAACGUUCCCAGCAUCCGCGCCAUUGGCGAUGUCAUCGCCGGCCCUAUGCUUGCCCAUAAGGCCGAGGAGGAGGGCAUCGCUGCCGUCGAGUACAUCAACGGAUCUCAUGGACACGUCAACUACGAGGCCAUUCCCUCUGUCGUCUACACCUGGCCCGAGGUUGCCUGGGUCGGAAAGAACGAGGCUGAGGUCAAGGCUGCCGGUGUUGAGUACCGCGUCGGCUCCUUCCCCUUCGUCGCCAACAGCCGCGCCAAGACUAUCGAUGACUUUGAUGGCCUCAUCAAGAUCAUCUCUGAUGCCAAGACCGACCGCAUCCUUGGUGCCCACAUCCUCGGCCCCAACGCCGGUGAAAUGAUUGCCGAGGCUGUCCUGGCUCUGGAGUACGGUGCCUCUAGCGAGGAUGUUGCCCGUACCUGCCACGCCCAUCCCACCCUCUCUGAGGCCUUCAAGGAAGCCUGCAUGGCCGCCUACGACAAGCCCAUCCACUUCUAAGCGCACGACCCGGCGCAGCUUGCACUCGUUCCUCGGUCCGCCAUCCCCCUCCCCUCAUUUCUCCUCAUUCUCUGAGCAUUCCUUCCCAGCGAAUCGGCACUUGACGACGACGCUUGCUUUUCUUUCAAUU